AUGUCUGCGCUGGGCUCCGAAUGGAUCAGCGAUAGGUCGCGUGAAGGCUCAGCAACGGGGUGCGACUCUCCCGAAGGCAACCAUGGCCCGUCUCAGCAGCGCACGAGCAAGAAGCGCAAGGUCUUGUCGUGCUACGCGUGUCGCGAUCGCAAGCUCAAGUGCGACCGCGUAUUUCCAGUGUGUGGGCGAUGUCAAAAGACAGGAAGACGAAACGAGUGCACCUACGACCCGCGCCUCUUGGAAGAAUCGCAUGUCAGCGCACAGGCUGAUGGGGGCGCCCCCUGUAUACUGGCCCAACGACCUGCAGACAGCAAUGGCCCCACUGACACGCCUGAUGCGUUGCGGGGGAAGAUCGGAGCUCAAGAAAAACGCAUUGCUAUGCUAGAGCAGCAGCUGGCCCUGCAGCGCACCAGAAACUCGUCGCAGUACACAGACGUGGUGCUAGAAGAGCCAACCCUUGGCGAAGACAUCAUGUUUAGAGGAAAGGGCUUCAAGUCGAUUUUCAACGGCCCCACGAGCAUCAUGGGCAUCAUCUCCUCGUACAAUGAGCUGCAGGUUUUUACUCGCGAGGCUUUGAAUGUAGAUCACUCAAUUAUGCGCGUCAAAAACGACUUCAAAGCCUUCCGCGACCGCAGAAAGAAGGCUGCCAGAGAGCACCCCCUUGGCGGCGACGGCAGUGAUGCCAACAUAUUUGCCGUACUCCCCGAGAAAAGCAUCAUCGACGCCCAAGCUACGCUGUACUUUCAGACGUGGGAAACCAGCUACAGAAUUCUCCACGAACCGUCUUUCUGGGAAGAAUACCGCGCUUUCUGGGAGGGCAGCGGGUCCGACAAGGAACGUGCCGCCUUCGCCGCAGUGCUUGUGUUGAUCAUCGUCGUCACCAAAUGUCUCAAGCCGAAAGACGAUACUUUUAUUGGUGAUACGACAGCCGACCGGCAAGCAGCAACCGAUCUUAUUGAUGUCUGCGAAGUUUGGAUAGAUCGGCAGCCUCGCAGGCGCGUUACCUUGGCAUUUUUCCAACUACGCUGUCUUUUGCUACUUGCCAAGCGCGUCAAUUGUAUUGGAAUGAAGGAAGACUGGGUCGCUUCUGGAGAGCUCCUUCGUAUUGCUCUCGUGUCUGGCAUGCACCGCGAUCCAGCUUUGCUAGACAACAGCAGCCUGUCGCCAUUUGACGCUGAGAUGAAGAAGCGUCUGUGGGCUACCACAAUGGAGUUAGAAUUGCAAUCAUCCAUAGAGUCUGGCUUCCAGUCUGGCCUCACUGGCCUGCACUUCGACGCGCCAGCACCAGCCCAUCUUGCAGACGAAGCCUUCUCUGCUGACACACAAGAACUGCCACCAGAGCAGCCAGAGGGGCAGUUUACGUCAACCUCGUACCUCAAUAUCAGCUUGAAGUCGCUGCCGCUUCGUGUUCAUCUCACACAACUGUUGAAUACAUCGCUUGCAAACAUGCAGUACGCUGAUGUUUUGCAUUGGGAUGCGCAGAUACAAGCUGCUAUUUCCGCCUUGCCAGAAUGGAGCAGUGAAAGCAAUGCAGUGCCAUAUGCGCUUCUCCGCCUGCAGCUUCGACAGUAUCUUCUUAUAUUGCACAGGCCCUGGGCACAGCUGGCUUCUAAGAACAGUCGUGUCAUGUACUCCCUAACGACAUGUGUCGACGCCUGCAACUCCAUCAUCAAGACACACGCUGACUUGCUUUCAAAGGGCAUCUUGGCUCUCUCUAACCUUCGCAACGACACGGUUAGGGUUGGUCUGACGCUAUCGCAAGUGGUGUUCCAGAACUGCACUCUCAACAUGGUGGAGUCAUCCAUAGCCCCGCCCGGCAAUUCUGACACUCAAAUUGCUGAUCCGCAUGCUCAUUUUGCGGACCUUAGCAUGGUCAAGCCCCGGGGCUCGCUUGGUGGCACACUUUAUUUCGCCACGCUACCGCACCAGUCGUUCCUCAUCAAAAUGCUAUGUAUAUCGUCAAUCGAGAUUCUUGAGCGCACACGACAAAUUUAUGACCAAAAAAUCUUCAGGCUCGGCGCAGGGUACAUGGAGCACUGGUUAAUGUCUGCUGCGGUUGGCAUGCUGCCGCCCCCACCUUCACCCGCCACGUCCAUCACUUACAUCAACAAUGGUAGUGACGACAUACUUUCACGGUGUCGAAAAUCACUCGACUGCUUCACGACAGUGGCAUAUAGGGUGCUAUCUUUGCAGCAAGAUCAAAGGGACGGCUUGGUCGUGUCUCUCCGCGAUACAAUGGCAAGCACUUCCCAUUCAGAAGGCAGAACGCCGAGCACGAAUGGUAGCGUCCUUGGUGCCCCGAAUGGAUAUGGAGCGACUCCGGCAGCAUAUGAACAUUCGAGUUUUGUUCAGCUCAACGGCACCAAUGUAGGACUUGGCGAUGAAUCCGAUCCCAAGGACAUGAAUGCAAUGCUCGGUAUGAUGCCAAACAUUCAGAUUGAGGGCAAUGGGUGGUCGUUUCCAGACUUUUGGGCCUUUGAUCUCGGUGGCGAGUUUUGAUGCAUUUUAAUGACGUGAUUGGAUGAUGGAGCUACGUAUAGUAAUAAUCAGCCCUUUAUAUAAUGGUAGUUGUUGAGGAUACAUUCCCG